AUGUCGAUCAAAAUUCUCGUUCUUGUUUUCUCUGCUCUGAUAAUCUCCGCGAGACCCGAAUUGAUCGCCGAUCAUCACUUAUCUACAAGGAUCUCUCCGUUUCCUUCUGAAUCUUCCUCGAAUUCGCCGUUUAUUCCUCCAUUGCCGCCGUUCACAGCCCAAUCUCCGGCGAUUGCGUCGACGUCUUUUACUCGUGUCCCUGCUUUGUUCGUGUUCGGAGAUUCUUCUGUAGAUUGUGGAACCAACAACUUUCUCGGGACCUUGGCGAGAGCAGAUCGGCUUCCGUACGGUAGAGAUUUCGACACGCAUCAGCCGACGGGGAGAUUUUGCAAUGGGAGGAUCCCCGUUGAUUUUCUAGCUAAUCGUCUAGGCCUCCCAUUCGUUCCUAGCUAUCUUGGACAAAAUGGGACUAUUGACAAAAUGUUUCAAGGCGUAAAUUACGCAUCAGCCGGCGCCGGAAUCAUCUUGUCCAGUGGUUCUGAAUUGGGCCAGAGGGUUUCAUUCGCAAUGCAGAUUGAGCAGUUUGUUGAUACAUUCCAGCAGAUGAUACUGAGCAUUGGAGAGAAAGCUUCAAAUCGUCUCGUCUCAAACUCGGUUUUCUACAUAUCGAUUGGAGUGAAUGACUACAUACAUUUCUACAUCAGAAACAUGUCCAAUGUGCAGAAUCUCUAUUCUCCUUGGCUUUUCAAUCAGUUCUUGGCUUCCAAUAUGAGACAGGAGCUCAAGACAUUGUACAAUGUCAAAGUAAGGAAGAUGGUGGUGAUGGGGUUGCCACCGAUUGGCUGUGCACCGUACUACCUGUGGAAGUACAAGAGCCAGAACGGAGAAUGUGCAGAAGAAGUAAACAGCAUGAUCAUGGAGUCCAACUUCGUCAUGAGAUACACUGUGGACCAGCUCAACCACGAGCUUCCAAACGCAUCCAUUAUCUACUGUGACGUGUUCCAAAGCGCAAUGGACAUCCUCAAAAACCACCAACUCUACGGUUUUGAUGAGCCGACGGAGGCAUGUUGUGGGCUAGGGAGGUACAAGGGAUGGCUUCCGUGCAUUUCGCCGGAGAUGGCUUGCUCCGACGCCACUGGACAUCUCUGGUGGGACCAGUUUCAUCCGACAGACGCUGUUAACGCCAUCCUCGCCGACAAUAUAUGGAAUGGUCGCCACGUGGACAUGUGUUACCCAACUAACCUAGAGACGAUGCUUCAUGCUUAA